AUGGUCAACACGUAUCCGAUUCCGCUGGGCAUUGCAGCGUACCUCGGCUGGUCCGGCUACCGCAAGGGCUCGCUCUCGCUCGAUGGAGCACUCACCGCCUCGGCGGUUGGCUAUGCAUCGAUGGCCAAUCCUUUCGUCGGCUACGGUCUGACGCUCAUCACCUUCUACCUCGCCGGAUCCAGAGCGACCAAGUACAAGGCGCAGCUCAAGGCGCAGCUCGAAACGCACGCUCAUGCACCCUCACCAAAGUCGACCGCAAGGGACACUUCGUCCGGCAACCGGUCGGCCGUUCAGGUGCUGUGCAACAGCUUCACCGCCGUCGUGGCGUGCAUUGCGUUCCGCGUGCUCAAUGGCGACGCGGGCAAGCCGGACCCGCUCUCGAGGGCUACACUGGCGGUGCUGGAUGUGGGUCUUGCUCGGUGCAGCGUGUCGAACCUCGCACUGACGCUCGUGGUGGCUGGUCACUACGCUGCGUGCAUGGGCGACACCCUGGCAUCGGAACUAGGCAUCUUGUCCAAAUCGCAGCCACGCCUCGUGACCAAUCCAUCGCGCACCGUUCCCAAGGGCACCAACGGCGGAAUCUCACCCCUAGGCCUGGCGGUCUCGGCAUUGGGAGGCACCUUCAUCGGUGUCGUUCAGUCGCUUUCGCUUGCUGCCCACUACGGGUCCACCCAAAGCGUUCCAGCGGCGGUCUAUCUCAAGCUCACUGCGCUUCUCACCGUCUCCGGAUUCACCGGAUCGCUCAUCGACAGCUUGCUUGGCGCUACACUCCAACAGACGCUCUACAAUGCCGAAACCAAGAGCGUCCUCAUCGGUCCAGCGCCCCAUUCACAAGCUGCAUCGGCCUGGACAAGAGUGACUGGCGCCGACGUGCUCAGCAACAAUGCAGUCAACUUGAUCGCUUCCGCUGCAACCGCCCUCCUCACUGCCUACGUCGGUCUCGAGCUUUUCUAA